GUUCAUCACAAUGAGGUUUCUGAUCUCACUGUGUGUGUCUCUACUGCUGCUGAUUAAUGGUGAAAUAAUCAAUGGACAAACAACAGAAACUACAACUUCCAUCUCUGAUCCAUGCUAUGGUUAUCACACUCUUAAUGAAUAUUGGAGAGACAUACAGCAAAACCUGUACUACGGAUAUGAUGACACUCUUGUUAAAUGGAGUGGCUGGUAUCGGCUGUAUUUGAAUGGAAAAAGUGCCCAGAUGUCUGAGUGGUGUGUGAGUGAUGUGAGAUGUGGUGGUCAAACUGGACUGUAUCUCAACGGUUCUCAUCCAACACUUAAGGAUGGAGUGGUGACCCGAGAAGUCCUGGGAACUCGUUCAUUUUCCUAUCAGUGUGGAGCCUACAGAUCCACGUCCAUUCGAGUCAAAGCCUGUGCAGGAGAUUAUUACGUCUAUGAAUUUGUCAAACCCAACAUAUCAGCUCCAGGGCCUACGUACUGUGCAGUUGCUUUCCAAAACAUCAGUAAUGAUCCCUGCUACAAUUAUGAGUCUCUGGAUCGUCCCUGGAGAGCCAACAAUGAAAGUGGAAUAAGUAUUUGUGAUUAUAUUUUCUCCGGGAAUGGCUGGUACCGGCUUUUCUACUAUGGAAUGAACAUCCAGAUGCCAGAGACCUGUGUUAGUUCAUUCAGCUGUAGCACAAACAUCAGUCUGUGGCUCAGUGAUCCUCACCCUCAGAUAGAGGAUGGAGUGGUGAUCAGGGAGGUCUGUGGAGGGAUUUAUCAGAGAGGCUGCUGUGAUUACAAGUCAAACCCCAUCAGAGUGAAAGCAUGUCCAGGCAAUUACUAUGUCUAUGAACUUGUGAAUCAAGAAUUGUGGUGUACAGGAUACUGCACAGAUGUCAGCACUAUUUCACAGGCAGUUUUCACUGUGAGUCCAGCUAUAUUCACUGGAUCCAGCACCACACUGAAUUAUGACCCGUGCAAUAACUACAACAUACUCGACAACCAAUGGAGAAGCACACUCAAUUACUGGUCUUAUUAUAGAUAUGUAUCUGCACAUGAUGACACUCGUGUAGAAUGGGAUGGCUGGUAUCGACUCUUCAUCAAUGGCUUCAGUGCUCAGAUGCCUGAAUGGUGUAUCUUUUACAUGUCAUGUGGAGGUUUUAGUUCUCUGUGGCUUGGUGACUCUCAUCCUCGGCUAGAAGAUGGAGUUGUUACUCGUGAAAUUUACGGCUCCCGUUAUGAUCAGUGCAGUCGCUACAGAUCUGUCCCAAUCCAAGUCAAAGCUUGUCCUGGAAAUUAUUAUGUCUACAAAUUUACCAGGCCACCUCUUUCAAUCCCAGCUCCUGUUUAUUGUGCGGUAUCUUUCUCCACUCUAAGUGUCGACCCCUGCUACAGCUAUACCAGUCUGAAUGAGCCUUGGAGAGCCACUAACAACUCUUAUUCUAACUCUAUGGUGAAAUGUGAUUAUAAUGUGCAGUGGAAUGGCUGGUACAGGCUGUUCUACAAUGGUCAAAAUGCUCAGUUGCCAGAAUCAUGUGUUAAUCAGUACAUGUGUGGCACUUAUUACCCACUGUGGCUCAGCGGAUCUCACCCACAGCUGGAAGAUGGAGUGGUCACCCGUCAGGUCUGUCUCUCCUUAGGGAGUGGCUGCUGUACUUACAAAUCCCACCCUAUAAGAGUCAAAGCCUGUCCAGGAAAUUACUAUGUUUAUGAGUUUGUCAAGCCAAUGCUUUGCGGAGCUUACUGUGCAGAAGCCUCAAGUCAGUCCUCCUCAUCAGCCUCUACAAAAACCACUGCACCGGAAAUAUUCUACCCAUUCGGCUCUUCAGGAGACACAAUAAACACUGCUGCUGAUGAUGGAAGCUCCUCAGUUAUUCCACUGUUGAGUCCAUUUCUGUUCUUUGGCCGCACAUACCAGCAGAUUUAUGUGAAUAAUAAUGGACACAUCACAUUCAACCAGCCUUCAUCACAAUUUGUUCCCUACUCUUUUCCUGCUAAUGGAAGCCAAGAUAUAAUUGCUGGUCUCUGGACCAACCUUGACAACCGUGCAAGAGGUGUGAUUUCAUAUCAUCAGUACACUAAUGGAAGUGUUCUUGCACGUGCCACUCAGGAUAUAAACCAUCAUUUCCCAAAUCUGACCUUCAACGCUUCUUGGGUCUUUGUUGCAACUUGGGAUAAAGUCGCUUACUGUCUCUUCAAUAACACAGAAACAUCGUUUCAAGUGGUUUUAAUUUCAGGCAGUAAUUUUUCAUUUAUUCUGAUGAAUUAUGGUUACAUUGCCAUAACAGGACUUCCAGUGGAGGCUGGUUAUGACACAGUAAACUCCUUUGACUACUUUGUGAUUCCUGGAUCAAACAACGGGAGCUUCAUCUCAAACCUCAAGAACUCCAGUAAUGUCAAUGUUCCCGGUCGAUGGGCCUUCAGGGUGGACAGUGGACAUAACUAUAGAAACAACGUCAUUGGACUUCGAGUGAGAUUUUCCUCAUUCUUAAAUCUAACACAGAGUGGAAACAUUGAGAUUGUUUUACAGCAAAUAAAACAGGAGUUGGUCAAGUUUGGUCUGCCAAGACACAUUGAGCUGGCGUUAAGAAAACUGCAAAAGAUAACACCGUAAAUCCAGUGUCCUUCAGGAAAUAAAAAUAAAACCCGUUCACUAACAACAUCUGACAGCAAAUAUUACAUUGCUCAUGUGGAGACUGUAAAGACUGCAGUUUUACAUUAAUGGUGCUACAGAGGAUCUUUUUGUUGACUGAGAAACCAAAGACUUUUCAAACCAAAGAAAUUUCGAGGGAACGCUUCCCAAAACUCAUGCACGAGUAUUGGAACACGAGUGUUUA